AUGGACGCAGGCGCUUUUCUCGGAUCACCGCGCGGCGGCCCCACACCAAAGGGUUAAGCGCUCAGCACCUCACGAGGCCCUCUAGCGACUGUUGUGCUUUUUCCCCUCUUCGCUUCUCUGCUUGUAGCCGCGCCGCAGAAAUAAGAAAGCUCACAUUUCUCCCAUCUGACCAGUGUGGAAGAAAAAAGAGCGAGCAGUAGCAGUCUGUGUUCGCGACUCUACCGCACAAUCUUUCAAGGGGAAAUAAGGAAAAUAAAGAAAACCAAAAAAACUCACGAGCACAAAAGAAACGAAUUCGACCAUUUAGGCGUAAACACCGAUUUGGUUUCUGCAGAAAAGAAAGGGGAAGAAGCCGAAGGAAAAAAAGAAGGGACGUGGAAAGAGCCGGACCAGCGAUUUGGCCUAAUGUGUCAGAGAAACCUGCACACCUUCAUACAGAAUGACUAACUUAAAGGAUCCAGUGCUGUCUUUGUUCCCCACCAUGGAUUCAUAAAAGAUACCUAAACGUUAUUAUGGGACAAGCAAGAAAGUGAAGUUUUCUCUUAUGUUGGGCCAGCUGUUAUCAACUACAGCUUCUGGAAAUUUUAGCAGAGUGCACUUAAGUAGCUUCAUUUCCCUUAACUGGACCCCAAGAGAGUGAUGUGACAUUAAAAUAGCAGGCUACUGGCACUAACGGACUGUAAUGCCUAGGCAAUGACCUGCAACAGCUGUACCAAGUUGGUGUGUUCUUGUAACGCUCAUAGUACCCUUCCUUCAAGUAACUGUCAAGCCAGCUCUUCAAAAAAAUCAGCAAGGAAAUCAAGAACUUGGAGAUUAAAAAGUAAAAUAAAUAAGUAAAGUGGGAGAGAAGGAAUUUCAAAAUCAGAUGACUUAUUUCUUAGACUCUUUUCCCAAAAACAUUCUGCAAUGGUGACAUGAAAAUCAUGCAGCCCGGUGAGCCGAUUUUUAACAUUUUUAAAAGCGGUGUCAUUAAAUAUUUUAAAAACAAACAUUUUUAAAAAGAAAUAUGCAUUUGUGUGGAAGAGUGAGACGAGUUUUUCGACAACUAACAUUGCAGACAAGCUUGCUGCUGCUUUUUGCAUUCUGUAUGGUCAGUGUCUUCAUCUCUGCAUACUUUCUCUAUGGCGUCAAGAGAGAGCUGGAGCCAGCAGUUGAAGGGCCCCCUCCAGACUGUGAUGACUCGAAGGUGACACCUUCUCGUCUGCUGCCUCUUAAGAACCUGAAACCUGUGGACACCUCUCGCACUGACCCUGUGGUGUUGGUGUUUGUGGAGAGCUUAUAUUCUCAGCUGGGACAGGAGAUUGUUGCUGUGCUGGAGUCUAGUAGGUUUAAAUAUCAAACGGAGAUUUCUCCAGGUAAAGGCGACAUGCCUACUCUCACUGACAAAGACCGGGGACGCUUUGCUCUUAUUAUUUAUGAGAACAUUCUCAAGUAUGUUAAUUUGGAUGCCUGGAAUCGAGAAUUACUGGACAAGUAUUGUGUGGAAUAUGGAGUUGGAAUCAUUGGCUUCUUCAAGGCAAAUGAAAACAGUUUGCUAAGUGCCCAGCUGAAAGGAUUUCCUCUGUUUCUGCACUCUAACCUAGGAUUAAAGGACUGCAGUGUGAAUCCAAAAUCACCUCUACUGUAUAUUACUAAGGCCAAGGAAGUUGAACGGGGACUGCUGCCAGGCGAUGACUGGACGGUCUUUCAGUCCAAUCACUCCACAUAUGAGCCAGUUCUUCUGGCCAAAACCAAAUCAGCAGAGAGCAUUCCUCAGCUUGGCGUUAGUGCUGCUCUGCACACAUCUGUGGUGCAGGAUUUAGGUCUUCAUGAUGGCAUCCAGAGGGUCCUCUUUGGAAACAAUCUCAACUUCUGGUUGCACAAACUAGUCUUUGUAGACGCUGUGUCAUUCCUGACUGGCAAAAGGCUUUCAUUGUCCCUUGAUCGGUACAUCUUGGUGGACAUCGAUGACAUUUUUGUUGGCAAGGAGGGAACACGUAUGAAAGUAGAAGAUGUCAAGGCUCUGCUCAACACCCAAAAUGAACUGCAAGUUCAUGUUCCAAAUUUCACCUUCAAUCUUGGAUUCUCAGGGAAAUUUUUUCACACAGGUACAGAUGAGGAGGACCACGGGGAUAACCUCUUACUCUCUUAUGUAAAGGAGUUCUGGUGGUUCCCACACAUGUGGAGCCACAUGCAGCCCCACUUGUUUCAUAACCAGUCAGUACUAGCUGAACAGAUGAUGCUCAACAAAAAAUUUGCUGCUGAACAUGGCAUUCCUACCAAUAUGGGAUAUGCUGUUGCACCUCACCAUUCUGGAGUGUAUCCUGUUCAUGUCCAAUUGUAUGAAGCUUGGAAAAAAGUUUGGGGUAUUAAGGUUACCAGUACAGAAGAAUAUCCUCAUCUGAAGCCAGCACGGUAUCGCAGAGGCUUUAUACACAGCGGAAUCAGUGUUCUUCCUCGACAAACCUGUGGCUUAUUUACUCACACUAUCUUCUACAAUGAGUACCCAGGAGGUCCUAAGGAGCUUGAUAAAAUCAUUAAUGGGGGAGAGCUCUUUCUUACCGUCCUGCUGAACCCGAUCAGUAUUUUUAUGACUCACUUAUCAAAUUAUGGUAAUGACCGCCUUGGACUGUACACUUUUAAAAAUCUCAUCAAGUUUAUUCAGUCCUGGACCAACUUGAAAUUGCAAACCCUACCCCCUGUCCAGCUGGCACAAAGGUACUUCCAGAUAUUUCCAGAGGAACGGGAUCCACUUUGGCAGGAUCCCUGUGAAGAUAAACGACAUAAGGAUAUCUGGUCAAAAGAAAAAACGUGUGACAGGUUUCCCAAAUUGCUCAUUAUUGGACCUCAGAAAACAGGUACAACAGCACUGUAUUUAUUUUUGGGAAUGCAUCCUGACCUAACAAGCAACUACCCAAGCAAGGAGACAUUUGAAGAAAUUCAGUUCUUCAAUGGGCACAACUACCACAAAGGGAUCGACUGGUACAUGGAAUAUUUCCCCAUUCCAUCCAACACCAGUUCUGAUUUCUACUUUGAGAAAAGUGCCAAUUAUUUUGACUCUGAACUGGCAGCUAAACGGGCUGCUGCUCUUUUACCUAAGGCAAAAAUCAUUACUAUUCUCAUCAACCCAGCUGACCGAGCAUAUUCCUGGUACCAGCAUCAGCGUGCUCAUGAUGACCAAGUGGCUCUGAAAUAUACUUUUCAUGAGGUGAUCACAGCUGGGCCUGAUGCUCCUGCCAAGCUACGUAACCUGCAGAACCGUUGCUUGGUACCAGGCUGGUAUGCUACCCACAUUGAGCGUUGGCAAAAUCACUACCAUUCCAAUCAGAUCCUUGUACUGGAUGGCCAACUUCUAAGGACUGAACCAGCAUCAGUAAUGGAUAAAAUACAGAAGUUUCUGGGUUUAACAAAUGCUGUUAACUACCACAAAAUCUUGGCGUUUGAUCCAAAGAAAGGAUUUUGGUGUCAGCUGUUGGAAGGUGGAAAAACAAAGUGCCUGGGAAAGAGUAAAGGACGGAAGUACCCUGAAAUGGACUCUGAUUCUAGAGCCUUCCUACAGGAUUAUUACAGAGAGCAUAACAUUGAACUGUCAAAGCUGCUCUAUAAAAUGGGACAGUCUCUGCCUACAUGGCUGCGAGAGGAACUACAGAACACCAGGUAGCAAGGACAUUGGAAAUGAUCUGGAGAAACUUUGUCAUUUUGCUUUGGAAACCAUAAAAUAUGUACAUUACUGAAUAAACUGGGACAGCCAAGCAACAAGACUGACAUAAGGCCCCAGAGAAGUAUUAAAACUGGUUUUGUAAGCAUCAGAGGGACCAUGGGGAAAGUGGACGAAGAUAGACAAGGGUCAGUAAAUACACUGAGAACUUGUGUACGCUUCCACUGUCGAAGAGAUGAGUCCCCACAAUCUUAUUCAAUGGCCCAUGUAACAUAGAAGAGCUCGAAAAGAAGAUGAACUAACACAGCAUCUGAGGAAGAAGAGUGCAAGAACAUGUGACAUAUAUUAGCAGUGGCAGUGUGUUUCCUUCUAUUUUUGUUUUAAUUUAGCAAUUUUUUACAGCUUUAUUACCACACAUGGUGGCCAGCGGUACAGUAUAACUGAUUCCACUCAGAGUGAAGUGAUUAUCCAGCCAUUUUCCUAGUCAUUAAGGACCUACAAGUGCCAGGAUGAAAUGUCUUUUCUCUGCUACUAAUAUGGACAGUACCUGUAUUUAGUCUUGAUUUUUUUUUUAACUUUUAAUUUAUCCAGAUUAAUUUUUUUUACUUUUUUUAUAGCCAGGAGAGAUGUAAUGGUACUGUAGACUAGUCAAAUAGAUGGUUUAUGGAGGUGGUUAGAUGUUCUGUACAUAAAGCAUUGAGAAGUUGUAUAACUUCAGAUAGCAAAUAAAUUGACAGAGCAGCAGUAAAAUUUUACUUUAAUUUCUGAGAAAUUUUUUUAAUUAUAGAAUGAUGAACUGUGAUGUUAAAAUACUUCUCAUAACUUCUAGAAAAAGUUAUCAAAAUAUAGCCCAAGAGAGAGUCAUUUCAUUUAGGUGUCACCAAUAAGCACUUAAUUGAAACAUUUGUCUUUUGGACUUUCUAGCUGUUAGAAUUCUAUAAGGAAUAAUAACAACAAUGAAACUGAAGCUUUUAAUUCACAGGAUUCCAAAGCACGAAGAAUGCACAGAAAUGAAAAUAUGCAACAAAAAAUGUGAAAGACUGAUAGCAUGUGAAACUAUUUCAUGCAUUCCAGUAAACAGGUUCCUAAAGGGCGCACUAAAAUGUCAAGGUUUUCUGUAUUUAACAGAUGGAAUAAUAUAUUUUAUAGUCCUAUGUUGCGAAGUGUACUUUUCAGUAUAACGGGCUUCACAAGACGGAGAGCUGUUUGAAUGUAGCUAUAGUGCAUUUGUCAGUUUGGGCACAUAAUUGAAAUUUCUGAAGCUGCCUCUGCAUGGAAGCCUAAACAUUAGACACAUGCAGUAAUGCCAUUCCUUCAAGCAGGUGGAUGGUUCCGACAGCAGGGAUGAAUCAGAAAUUGAACAGCUAAAGGGAUGACAACAACAAACCUAUUUGGAAGAAACAAGAAGAAGCACUAGGUAAUCGUCCAGUAUUCUUGCUUCACUUUAGUAGCCAAAUUUGGCUGUAGUCUACAGCACCAAGGAUCAGUAUUCACCUGAGUUACAGAGCAGUGUCAAGAUUAUGAGCCAAGAGGACUCAAGUUUGCAUACUAUUUCAGGCAAGGUCAUAAAUUCUUGAUGUAAUCUUCCUUUAAACAAAACAAGAAUGCCCCUUCUAGAAAGACCAUUUCUCUUUGAUUCAAAGAACAAGCAGGUAAAGGCAAUCUGUCAAACUGAUGUCAUCUGUUUAUUAGCAAGUCAGUCUCACAUGGGAAAUCUGCACUCGGCAUUUAGAGCAGAAAUGCCUCAAUUCUAAGCAAAAAUGCCAUUGUUGAUUUAAGUUGAACAUCAAACAAAAACACUGCAGGUAAAGGAUUAUUCUAAGUUGCAGAUGAGAUCAAACAUGUAAGCCUUCAAAUAGGUGUAAAGUGAUGAUCCCUUUCACAAAAACAUAAUUAUUUCAGCAUGUUUUCUAGCAUUUCAGAUUUUGUCAGAGCCACUUUUUCAGGACGUUUUAAUUUGGAAAUGUAAAACCUGACAAAUUCUGUAUUCAUUUAUUGUUCCCGGUGUAGUUUUCAGUCUACUUAAAAAGAAUCACAUUAACACUACAUCCUUUUUUUUUUCUUUUCUUCAAUGAACUCAAAUAACAUUUUCUGUCUCUAGGCCAAGUCCUGUCCCAUUUAGACAUCAUUUUUGUCUUUUUCUUUUUCAUUUUUUUAAUUUGUUUCUAAAAGCUGCUUUGAGUAAGAUGGAGGAAAGUCCCAUAUGCUGCUGUUUACAUUCAGUUGUCUUGCAAAGCUUGAGAAAGACAAAAGUGCAAGUAAUAGGUAGAUGAGGCGGGACAGUAGGCCAUCUUAUCAAUAACUAAUGAUGUUAAAUGGCUAAUAUUUAUGGGUAACUGGGAGUCAUUUAACAAAUAACACUGUAGUUUUAGCAUCAAGUUGAAUUUCCUGGUGACAGUAUUAAAGAAAACCAACGCCAACCCUUUACUAUUCUGUACUAAUUUUCGUCUAGUUUACAGUUAGUUAUGUAUUGAUCAUUGGUUACAAUUUUUCUUUUAAUUUAAACUAAGCAAGUGUCAAGGGUAUGCAAAAAUUGGAAGCUGAAAGAAAUUUGGUUCUCCUUUUCUCCCCCACUACAUAAGUUCCAGUAUUUUUUUCUUUUAAAAUGUAUUGAUCUCACACAAGUUGUUUUCAAAAUGGUUAUUUCAAAUUAAAGAUACUUUAUGUACAUGUGGAUAUAAAUGUUAGAGAAUACAGUAUUUUGUUUUAAAUAAUAAACAUUUUUUCCUGGGAUGAUCUGGCUUUCCAUUGGAGUAAUUUGGAUUUUUGCAGAAUUGGAUGUUUUAAGCACUGUAUGUAUUAUUGUGCAAACAGUAACCCUAUUUUAUUGCAGAAAAAGCAAAGCAAGUCUACUACUUAAAAAAUUACAGAAAAGGCAAAUAUGUUGUUAAAGUUGAAAAUUAACAGAGUGAAGGGAAAAACGGUAAUCCUUCAUUAUACAAGUGAAAGAUUUUAUUUAUAAGAGAGGUACUUUUUUGUGGCCAUGCACAGUUUUCAUUCAUAUGAGGCCAUAAUGUUCUAAUAAGAAAAUUCGCUUUAACUGUGUGGGUUAACCCUACGACAUGACGUGAAAAUCAAUUUGGGAACUGUGGAGAUAAUGACACACAAGGCCACGUGAAGCAAAUAACCAGAUGUUGGUUUGUGGUUUAUUGUCGAGCUUCAUUACCAGUAAAUUCAACAAAAAUUAAAUGGAGGAAAGACUGCUUGAAAAUUUUCUGACAUUGAUUAGUGAGCAGUCAUGUUAAAGAACAAAGUCUGUUUGUUUAUGAAAUAUGUCUGCCUUGCAUGUUUUAACCAGAACGAUUACAUAUUAUUGUAAAAUAUAACAUAAAGCUGGACACCUACCUGACUUAGACAGGAAUAAUGUAGCGUUGCAACUAAAGUCGGAGUGCUCAGGCAUAUUAAGAGCUUUUGUAAAAUGUGUAUCUUUAAACAGCACCGACUCCUCUGCAACACACAUUUAUGGUGGGCUUGUAUUUUAGCAAAUUUCAUUGACCUGGAAUUUUGUUCUUUUCAUAUUUGCACUAUGGUGAUAUGUGAAAUAUCACUGUGUAACCAAAUGAUAUGAAGGUCUAAAUUCUGCUCUGUAAAAUUCUACCUUAUGAUACUCUCUCAAGGAAUGAGUUAAUCUUGUAUAAUGAAGGAUUACUGUAUUAGAAACUUCACAUAAAUAAAUAAAUAAAUGGCUUGUUGGUGUACAUUCACAAUAUUGCUGAAAUAGUUCCGUUUUGCUUUUCUAUUUUAGGUCUCUCACACACACACACACAGCGCAUCUUUUUCAUAUUAAGCCAUGACAAACCUGUGAAUGCUACAGACUGCUGCUUUCAGUUUAAGACUAGAGGUAGAAGAUGCUUCCCUUUUGCAAAUGUAUUUCUUUUGGAUUGUUUAGAACUGUUUAGAUUUUAUAUGCAAAAAUAUUUGUUAAUGACCUAAAAAAAACAAUGUUUCCAUGGUUUAAAAAGACAUAGCCAUUGAUUAUUACAAGCUGACUUAUUUAAAUGAUCCUACUUAAAUUUCCAAAUAGUUCUGAAAAAUCUACACACUACAAAUUAACGCUAAAUUUUAAGUUUGCUAUCUUAAAGUGCAUGCCACAGUAUCUCCGAAUCAUAGAUUAUUCAGUAUGUUUUUACCUGUGAAUGGUUAAUGAUUAUAUUAAAGGCUAAUUUUAUGCACAGUGGUGUCGCCUUUGAAUAUCCAUGCUUAUUGGUUACACGACUAAGGCUACAUAUGUCCACAAUACUAUGUUUCUAAAUAUACUCGACCUUCCGUCCACACUUUUUGCACCGUUUAUGAAAUUAUCUGGCCAUAUUAACAUAACAGAAACAUGUAUGAUGUAGACAUUCACCUACACUGCACACAUUAAUGGAAAAGUACUUGAAGGGAUGGUUACGGUGAGAGCCAUAAAAACUGUAUGGACUGGCGAAUUAUUUGCCUUUUGCACAUGAAUACAACAUUCAAAACAGUACAAAACGCAAUUUAUAUGCAUACAGGUAAGCAAUAUAGCAAGCACUGUGGGAAAACAACUCUUCUAUGUCUGUUGUAUUAGAUUACGGCAGUGGUUCUCAAUCUGUGGGGCGGGCCCCCCUAGGGGGGCACGAAGUAACAAAAAGGGGGGGCGUGAAGAUGUGAAAAAAAGAAAACAAGAAUCGAAAAUAUAAAAAAUACAUCUAUUGAAACCAAAACAAAUUAAGUUAAACUACAUUCUGAUACUAGAAAAAUAAAGAUAGUUAGAUAAAUGUCAAUAAAAGUUAAGUAGGUAUAAUAAAAUAUGCAUCUGUGAUAUAUCAUUAAUUAAAAAAGAACAAAUUGGUAUUAGUGGGCUCCUUUCAAAAAAACGUUAGAGGGGCGUGAUUAAAACUGUUAUGAAAACUCGGGUCGCAAAUACUUAAAGGUUGAGAAACGCUGAAGUACGGUUUGCUUCCGUAAAGAGGACAAAUCGGUGAAUGACUCCUUGUAAUGAGCAAGAUCCAGUCAGAGAAGGACCACGUAAUAAGCAUAACAAAUCUGAGCCUGAUUAGAGUCAGCAUUUUCAAAAGUCUGCCUUUUCACCCAUCCAUUUUACAAUGGUGAGCCGGCAUUUUCAAAAGUCUUCAUUUUCAUGAGUUAAAGAUGCCAGGGUAGUAUGGAUGAAAGGCGACAACAGAAACUAAUGUCUGCGUUUUUAAAAUGAAAAAUGUAGCAGUGUGGACGUAGCCUAAUAAUAUUUUUUUUCCUUUAAACGCAAAAGCAAUACAGUUAAAAAUGGAUGAGACAACUUGUAGUGACACAUUCUGUAUUUCUGAUGCUUCAGAUUAAGCUCCCCAACUAUGAGUGAGGUUAAUGCCAGCAAGUCCUUGUGGGUAAUUGUCACUGAUUUGCUUUGUCUUUUCAAGAAGUUCCUAAACCUGAUUUCAGCCAUCAAUGUUUGAUUUUAUUCCACUAAUCUUCUUUCAGAUACAGUACAUUAGCUUUUCAUUUACUUAGUUUAGUUUUAUGUAAUUUAUUAAAGUUACACAAGGUGCAAGAAAAAAAAAGUAAGUACCAGAAGUACCAGAUUUAUAAGAUAACCAAAUGAUUCCAUUGUUAAAGUGACUAACUAAGAUAAUGGUUAGAAUGAAAGUCCUUAAGAAAACAUUUGAUAUCUACAUUUUGUGCACUAUUUCUUUUCAGUUAUUAGCUACAGCGCAGAUUCAAGCACAGUGGAGAAAAUCAGCAUUGCCUUACUCCACGGCUUAGUUGGCAGUUCAUGUUGUAUGACGAAAUAAACAUAAAUGUUAGCUGCAUAAGGAAAAAAAAUGUCGUGUUUGAAAAUCUGUACCAUACAUAUGUAACUUCGUGGCACAAGAACUGUGAUUGGUUUAAUAAAUCUUAUAAUUUGGUGGGAGGCUAUAUUAGUUCACACAAGUGAUGAUGACAUUGCUUGAUAUGCAGGUUGAUUUGUCACAUGAAUGCCGAGUUUAUCUGUCAACAGUUAGCGUAUGUAUAUUUACACCCCAAAAUGACAAUGAAGAGUGGAUGAAUGUGCUUUUGUUGCUUGUUACUGUAAGUGGAAGUAGACUUCCUCAUUGUAAUGCUGAAUAAUACUUCUUUGUGCCUCUGCUCACCAGAGCCGUAUGCAUUCCAGAAGUAACUAUGAUAUCUACUGUAUCCUACCUUUUAAAGACAACCAUUUCCUGUUUUGGCCAUUGAAUUGAGAGGAAAACUUUUGUCAAGUGAGUUGUUGUUCACACCUUAUGUAAGAAUUGUACUCCCAAAAAGUGAAUGUAAACACAUGUACAGUAUAUGCAAUAGUAAAAAUGUGUGUUCUUAUUAGGGCAGGGAUGGGCAGGUGUGGUCUUGGAAGGCUGCAGUGGCUGUAGAUUAUCAUUCAGACAGUCUUAUAAUUUGUCUCAGCUCCAGUCUUGAUUUGAAGUAAUCAAUAAAUUACCUCAUUUG